GCAGCCUCGGCCUUGUUUCUAUGGAACCUUGCUGAAAGGUUGCCUUUAAUGGGCAAGCUACGUAAACAGAAAUGUUUACGUAGUAUAUAUGUCUUUAAACUAUGGGCACCUUCGAUAGAUAACUAGCAGAAAUAGUUUGGUGCUUCUGUUUUUCAUCACAAAUCACGACUUCGCAGCUGUUCGCGUCAUUCAAAUUUCGGAAGCGGAGGGGACAUUCGGUCCAUGGACUUGCCGGUAACUUUGAAACGGAGAGGGUGGAGCUCAAACGUAAUACUUGUUACUGCAUUAAUUUUGUUACGCACUUCUACAAUGUAUCAACAAUAGGCUACAUUAUGCAUCGCGAUUCUUGACGUAGGCGCUUCUUCAUGUGACUUGAUUUACCGAUAUGCUACUAAAGUUCUGUAGCUCUCAUGGACUUCUCGUGAAUUUAGUCUAAUGUAGUAGGCAUUAGACAGUAAACGGGUUUUAAAUCAACAUUCUUAAAUCAACAAACUAAUCAUAAGACGCAACAUGGCUUUUGCCAUUCCUAUGGUUAUAGUUACACUGUUUUGGGGAUUUGUUGGAGGGGUGGUACCAUGGUUUAUUCCGAAGGGACCAAACAGAGGGGUCGUCAUUACCAUGCUAGUAUUGACUGCAGUUUGCUGCUACUUGUUCUGGUUGAUAGCCAUUCUCUCCCAGCUGAAUCCACUGUUUGGACCUGCUUUGAGUAAUGACACUAUUUGGUAUCUGCAAUUCCACUGGCGCUGACUCUGCCCUCAAUGACUGAGAAAGGCCCAGGAGGACCAAGGACAAAGGCAUCAUAAACCUGUCCAUUUAGCUUUUUUUAAAACUUUAUAUCUGACUCUUGGUUUACCUAAGAUAAUGGUAAUAAAUAUACUGAAAUAGC